GUAAAGUGCCGAAUUGACCAUGUCGUCCUUUUUGUAUCAUUUCACUCCCCAGUCUCUUUUAUCCCUCGAUAUUUGUCAAAACUGAAGCACGCUGUUUUUUCUAUUUGAAGUUUAAUCCACCACUAGAUUUUUUACCCUCUCCGGAGGUCUAUACCAAUAAACAGUUGAACUCUCAACGACUUAUCAGUACAGUAAAAAAUCUAGAUUAAAGAGAUGAACCCAAGAUAGAUUCAACAUGUCACACUCAGAAUCCGUUUCUGACAGAGAGCUCAGAUCUUUGAGAACACUAACAUCAGAUGGAGACCAUCUUUUCGAACAAUCUAAUGAAAGACAUCACUAUAUCCUCAGAACUAUAAAACGAGAUAUAGACGCUAUUUUAUUAGACGUUGAAGAUAACCCAGUGGUGGACCUGUCCACAGCGUCAACAUACAGAGAGGAACUUCUGAAACUGUCAGAAAAGUAUGAGAAAGAAGCUAACAGAUAUUUUGAUUACUUAAAAUCAUAUAGGACAAGAGAAAGUGAAAGUGAGCAUGCAUCAUUUAAAGUGUCAUUAUAUGCUUUAAAGGCUAAGAUAUCAGUUGUCAAACAACAUCUAAGUGAAUUGCUACCUAGAAGAUCAAUAGAAAAUAGUGAACGAACUCAUAAAAGUCGUAGCUCCCAACAUAGUUCUCGUCAUACUGUGUCAACAAGACACUCAUCACUAAGUGCUCAAUCAGAGAUUCUUAAACAAACAGUGAAACUUGAAACCGCUAAGACACGACUUAAAUAUGCUAAAGAGGAGGCGGAGUUGUUGCACCGCGAAGCUACACUCAAAGCAGAGAAAAAUGUCCUCGCUAUGAAGCGAGACGUUGACGAAGCUGAGUCGGGAUUACAAGCUGUUAAGAAGGCAUUGGAUUUCGAUCUUAAAGACUAUGGUGAAAGUUGCGAACCACCAAGGAUCGCUGAUCCAGUAGUUCAACAUGCCAAUGAAAACAAAAUGUCUGAAAGAAAGUACUGUAGUGCUAACAUACUAGAUACACGUAACAUUACAGAACAACGUACAGCAGAAUUUGUGGAGCAACAGCGCUCACACCACUCCUUACAUUUGAGCAAACAUAACCUUGAAGUGAACAAUGUAAAUAUUCCUAUUCAUUCUUUAGGACCAUUGAAUCCUACAGCACAACCUUUCGUUCCAACUCAGAGGAACGAAGCACAAGAAUUGGCCAAGUUCAUGGUGAAGAAAGAUUUAAUCACAUCUAGGCUCAUAUCAUUUGAUGACCAGCCGUCACAUUAUUCAUCUUGGAAAAUUAGUUUUCAACACAUAAUGACUGAGUUAGAUACAAACCCAUUAGAACAGUUGGACCUUCUUACAAAGUAUUUGGGACCAAGCUCAAAACAGCAUGCUCAGAACAUAAGAUGUGCUAAUGCUCAUAAUCCAGCUACUGCAGUUGGUCUUAUAUGGGAACGUUUAGAUGCCAGAUUCGGCAGUCCAGAGAUUAUCGAAUCCUCACUGCACUCACGUAUAGUUAACUUUCCAAAACUUUCAAACGACAACCGAAAGGAACUUUACGACUUAGCAGACUUGGCUGCAGAGAUAGAGUCUAUUCGUAGAGAUGAAAAGUUUUCUACCAUAUUUGCUUACUUUGAUUCCUCCCUUGGUGUUAAUCGUUUUGUAACCAGGCUACCGUACAACAUUCAAGAAAAGUGGACGACUACUGCCAAUGGUUAUAAGUCAAAAAACAACGGAGCAUAUCCACCGUUCUCUUUCUUUGUGCCAUUCCUGCAAAACAUUGCUAAAGUGCGUAACGACCCUGGAUUUAUUUAUGACAAUCAAGACACAAAACCAACCACGUCUAGGCAAACAAGAUUUCAAAGUCCAAUGCAAGUGUCAAGCAUCAAAACCGACAUUGGUAACCAUGACAACAGGCCACCGUUUCAGAAGUCGAAUGAGGACUUGUGUCCACUUCACGGAACUAACCAUACACUCAACGCGUGCCGUGGUUUUCGUGCUAAACCAUUAUCAGAGAGACUUGAUUUAAUUAAGCAGAAAGGUUUGUGUUUCAAGUGUUGCGGACCUAAGAGACAUUUCCGUGACAAAUGUACAGAGAACGUCAAAUGUAGCAUGUGUGGUUCUUGUGACCAUCCCUCAGCCUUACACAUAGACAUUGAAAAUGAACCCCUGCAAAAGCAGGAAGAGGAGAAUUCAAAUGAACAGAUUAGCAGCAUAUGCACUAAAAUAUGUGACUCAAUAUACAAUACUAGUAAAUCUUGCUCCAAGAUAGUACUCGCCAAAGUAUAUCAUUCUGAUAGGCCAGAACAUUUCAAAAAUGUUUACUGCGUGUUAGACGACCAAAGUAACAGAAGUUUAGCUACUUCAGACUUCUUCAAUUUCUUCAGAGAAAAUGGCAAAGAAUUCGAAUACGCACUUGCUUCUUGUGCAGGGAGGUUCGUCAGUAGUGGACGAAGGGCUUCCGGAUACGUACUAGAGUCACUGGACGGGUCAUCCUGUCUUAACGUACCUGAAAUAAUAGAGUGUAACGACAUUCCUAACAAUCGGGAGGAAAUACCCUCAUCUGCCGUAGCCUCAAGUUAUCCACACAUGAUGGACAUAGCAAGUUGUAUUCCUGACAUUGACAAUCAGUCUGAGAUACAGAUGUUAAUAGGCCGCGACCUAAUUCAAGCACACCAUGUUAUUGAACAUCGUAUAGGAGUCGCAGAGGUACCGUAUGCACAACGUUUGCGCUUAGGAUGGGUUAUUGUGGGGAAUGUAUGUCUGGGAAGAUUUCAGGAACAGCAACAUGUCAACGUGAACAAAACCGUUAUUGUCGGCAAUGUACAAUCUGCGUUUUUAUUUCCGUGUGAUAGUGAGACACCAGUUGGUUUAGACCCAACUUUCGAGAAGUUUAUACCAGACAAACCUCUUUUAGAGAACAGUACGCAAAGAUCAAACCAUGGAACAAAAUCAUUUGAUAUGAAUUUAGGUUGCAACUCUGAAAAGCCCACUCAUGAGUUAGAUACAGUCGCUUCAAACUGCAGAUCAGUGCUCGAAGCAUAUCAAUCAGAUGACCUUGCCACAAAUCUCAAGGACCUCGACCUUGGAUCAGCAAAUCUCUUGUUACAGAUGAACUUAGGUCUCUCCUGGGACACAGAACUAGACGAGUUCACCUUAAGAGUGUCUUCUGACAACAAGCCAUUUUCACGCCGUGGAUUUCUGUCAACAGUCAACAGUUUGUAUGACCCAAUUAGCUUAGCAACACCCGUGAUUAUCAAGGACAAGUUAUUAAUAAGUCCAACCUUAAGGCUUUCGUCUACUUGUGAUUGGUAUAAUCCAUUCUCAGAAUCACUAAAUCAAACAUGGGAAUCAAGUUUACCUUCAUUGAGCCAACUUGAACAUUUGCCUACACAGAAGAAGUACAUUGGACCUUCAUGUGUAAACAGAAACUUUCACUUCAGACCGAUUACUUAGGACUAUUUCGCUUAUUGAAGCCGAGUGACUAUGACAGUGACAUUGUGUUUAAUCAACCACAUUUGAUACAUAAACAAUUAUUAUAACAUGCUAAUUUUUCAUAUGAUAUUAUCCUUUUAUUUUGAAAAUGUAGUGAUUUCCUAUGAAAUCAGAGGAGGAGUGUACUGUUUUGGUAAAGUGCCGAAUUGACCAUGUCGUCCUUUUUGUAUCAUUUCACUCCCCAGUCUCUUUUAUCCCUCGAUAUUUGUCAAAACUGAAGCACGCUGUUUUUUCUAUUUGAAGUUUAAUCCACCACUAGAGUAAGUUUACCUUUUAUAUCUGUGCUCAUUUUUUAUAUCGUUGUGCAUAUUGUUGAACUAUACAUUUUAUGCAAACUCAUUUUUGAUUAUUGGUGCUCAUUUACGCACGACAUGAAAAAUAUUGCCGCUGUGAAUUUACAGUACUGUUUGUGUAUUUUUUAUGUAUGCAUUUGCCCUUUAAUUCCAUUCUGUAUUUGUCAAUCCCACAUAUUAGGAUUUAUUUUUGUGUUUUAUCGAUGUAGACAAGGGUCACGCUCGAAUUUUCUAGAACUACAGUACCGCACAGUUUUAACGUGUCAAUUUUUUUAUCGUGCACGAUAUUUAAACUACAGUCAAUGACAUAUGCAACCUGUCAUUUUUAUUGCAUAUAUAGAUACUUACGUGUAACCUUUUUCUGAUAUAUUGAUGUUGUUUUUCGAAGUGUAGUGUACAAGAGUUACUUGUAUUGAACUAUGUAACCAUUUUCUUUGUGAAUGUACUACUUUUUGACAUUUAUUGACUCAAUAGUAUGCUUAUGUUUGUUAUUUUGUAUUUUCAGUUUUUUACCCUCUCCGGAGGUCUAUACCAAUAAACAGUUGAACUCUCAA